AUGGAUCUCCUCCUUCUCGAAAAGACCCUUUUAGCCCUCUUCAUCGCCGCCAUAACCGCCAUCACAAUCUCCAAACUCCGCGGCAAACGCUUCAAACUCCCUCCCGGCCCCUUCCCCGUCCCCAUCUUCGGCAACUGGCUCCAAGUCGGCGAUGACCUCAACCACCGCAACCUCACCGACCUAGCCAAACGCUUCGGCGAAAUUCUCCUCCUCCGCAUGGGACAACGCAACCUCGUCGUCAUCUCCUCCCCAGAACUCGCCAAAGAAGUCCUCCAUACCCAAGGAGUCGAAUUCGGUUCCAGAACUCGAAACGUCGUUUUCGACAUCUUCACCGGAAAAGGACAGGACAUGGUUUUCACUGUCUACGGUGAGCACUGGCGCAAAAUGAGAAGAAUCAUGACAGUUCCGUUCUUUACCAACAAAGUUGUCCAACAGUACAGAUUCGGUUGGGAAUCUGAAGCGGGGAGUGUUGUCGAGGAUGUGAAGAAAAAUCCGGAAGCUAGUGUCAACGGAAUUGUGAUACGAAGAAGAUUGCAAUUGAUGAUGUAUAAUAUUAUGUAUAGAAUCAUGUUUGAUAGGAGAUUCGAAAGCGAGGAGGAUCCUUUGUUUGUGAAGUUGAAAGCUUUGAAUGGUGAAAGGAGUCGAUUGGCGCAAAGUUUCGAGUAUAACUAUGGUGAUUUUAUUCCGAUUUUGAGACCGUUUUUGAAGGGCUAUUUGAAGGUUUGUAAAGAGGUUAAGGAUAGAAGGUUGCAGCUUUUCAAAGACUAUUUUGUUGAUGAGAGAAAGAAGCUUGGAAGUACUAAGAGCAUUGACAAUGAAGGAAUUAAAUGUGCUAUUGAUCAUAUUUUGGAUGCUCAAAAGAAGGGGGAGAUUAAUGAUGACAAUGUUCUUUACAUUGUUGAGAACAUCAAUGUUGCUGCAAUUGAAACAACAUUAUGGUCAAUUGAAUGGGGAAUUGCUGAGCUAGUGAACCACCAAGAGAUCCAAAACAAGUUAAGAGAAGAGAUAGACAAAGUUCUUGGACCAGGACACCAAGUAAUCGAACCCGAUCUCGAGAAGCUACCUUACCUACAAGCCGUGAUCAAAGAGACCCUCCGUCUUCGAAUGGCAAUUCCACUUCUCGUCCCACACAUGAACCUUCAUGAUGCGAAGCUAGGUGGUUUUGACAUCCCGGCCGAGAGCAAGAUUUUGGUCAAUGCGUGGUGGCUCGCAAACAACCCGGCUCUAUGGAAAAAGCCGGAGGAGUUUAGGCCUGAGAGGUUCUUGGAGGAAGAGGCUCAUGUUGAGGCGAACGGAAAUGAUUUUAGGUUCCUACCUUUCGGUGUUGGUAGAAGGAGUUGCCCUGGGAUUAUCCUUGCUUUACCUAUCCUUGGUAUUACUAUCGGGCGUUUGGUUCAGAAUUUCGAGCUUUUGCCUCCACCGGGACAAUCUAAGAUCGAUACUUCUGAGAAAGGAGGACAGUUUAGUCUGCACAUACUCAAGCAUUCCACCAUUGUUGCUAAACCAAGAUCAUUUUAA